AUGAUUUGCACAGUAUUGUUCCGUCCCAUUCGUGAGCUUGUUUCACUCCCCAGCCGCUACUGGGCAUAUUAUCAACAGCUUCCCGCGGCCCACUACAGCCUCGUGAAGGACAAGCAGCAUUGUUAUUCUGGGGCGAUCAGGCUUUGGUGUCUAGCGAACCGAGGUCACAGACACGCCAAUUUGUUCAACCUCACCCAUGCCAAUACACGACCAGCACCGUCACGACGAGAAAACAUCAUUUUGUACGAAGAAUUUGACCUCCUCUUUAAUGACGGAUCUUAUAGCACCGCCAGGAUGAGCUUCGACCCAACUCUUAUAAUCAAGGCAUCAUUUGGUAUCACCAAACCCAAACGCCUCAUCAAACCAUCGGUCUACUCUCAUCAUCCAUCUCUCACUGGUACCAGCCCUCUCAUCUACUUCUGCCUCCCCGUAACAGCUCCAACAGCCAACGUCUCGAUCCGCCCGGAAUAUAACUUCAUGACAUGGCAGACCGGAUCCCCCCAAACCACACCCCUCAGCUCCUCAUCAGUCACAGUCUGCGCAACAACACCCUCGUCCAACCUUUCCGCCACUGUCUUCCGGUCCCGCGGCCUCGCCUUCGGGUCUCCGCUCCGCAGCACCACAAUCCUGCCCGGCGAGCUCAGCGUUCCCGGCGGGAGACGCCACACCGGCUUGCCGCUCCCCUCCCUCUUCCUCCUCUCCCGGUCCCUCUCCGACUCCCUACCAGCCGCGUGCGGAACCAGCGACAUCUUACUCUCCUUAUUCCUCAGCGUCAUCUUACUUGCCUUGGCAGCCAACGACCUCCCCUUCUUCUCUCCUCCAGACUCACCACCACCGCCCCCUGAAGAACACGAACCCGAAGUAGACGGCGCCGAGCUGGCAUACAACUCCAACAAACUCUUCACAUACGCCUUAUCCGCCCUCGCAAUCGGAUCCCCCUCAUUCACAAACGUCAAGAACAAACUCUUCCGCAGCUCCGCCCUCUCAGGCCUCUUCAACGGCAACAAACUCACAGGCGGCGUCCCAAAGGUAACGCAAUGCACCCUCUUAAAACACCCCGUCAACGCGUUCAACUCGCUCCCGGCCCGGGGCGACGUAGACAACAUAUGCGCAUACAACAAACUCGCCACCGCGCCGCCCGCAGAAUGCCCCGUAAUCAACAGACUAUACGCCGCCCGCCCCGGGUCCUCCUCGAGCAACUGCCGCAGCCGCGCCGCGACGGGCUUCACCAUCUUGCGCGCCACCGCCAAAAACCCGGCGUGGCACGAGUUCCCCGCGUCGUCGAGGAAGCCGUCGGGGGAAGCCGGGGCGGUGUUGAGGUUGACGGCCCAGUCCAUGAAGGUGGCGGAGCCGCGGAUCGCGAAGACGAUGGUGUUCAUGUGGUCCAUGGGGACGGACUUGAUGACCAUUGCUUUCGUGCCGGUUUUCCAGUCUGCCGAGACGUGGGCGUCGCGCUCGGCGCCUUUGGGGUGGUCGUAG